AUGGGCCGCAUCCGUAUCGUGUGGGCGCGCAUCUGGGAAGUCAUGGGCCAGCACUUCACCAUGGUGGGUUGCCACAAGAAUCUGAGCAUUGCCAUGUAUGCCAUCGAUUCGCUGCGACAGCUGGCGAUGAAGUUCUUGGCCAAGGACGAGUUGGCCAACUUCCACUUCCAGAAGGACUUCCUCAAGCCGUUCGAGUCCAUCAUCCAGCAGCACACCUCCAUCCAGACCAGGGACAUGUGCAUCCGCUGUCUUUCGAACAUGGUGCAAGCGCAAGCGCAGAACAUGAAGUCCGGCUGGAAGUCGAUCUUUGCUGUGCUUUCCUUUGCUGCUACGGACACCAAUGAGAAAAUUGUGCGUCUGGCGUUCGAAUUGGUGGAGAGCAUCAUGAGCAAGCAUUUCAAGCUCAUCGCCGACAGCUUCUUCGUCGAGUGCGUCAAUUGCCUCAUCGCCUUUGCUAAGGCCCAGCACUUCAAGGACAUCAGGUAA